GCAGGCGGCGGGCGGGCGGCCUGACCCGGGAUCCGCGGCGCGGGGCCCGCGUGGGCACCCAGCAGUCCGGCCGGCGGAGCGACCGGCCGCGGCGCGCGGGGUGCGGGGACCCAGCGGCGACCAGGGCUGCGGAGCAGCUGCGGGGCCGGCACUUGCGGCAGGCUGCGGGGGGACCGGCUGGAGCACCGGCGCGCGCGCGCGGCUUCUCCGGGGCUGAGCCCCUUCCGCGCAGAGGCCCGCGCAGAGGCAGCCCGUGGCCUGGCGCGGCCUGCGUCCCCUGAGCUCGUCCCACAGAGUGUGAGGAGACCCUGGGGUCCGGCCUGACCUCGGCGUCCCCCACACAGCCGGGCCUGACAGCCCAGCCGCCGGCACUUUUGACCCUGAGUCACGCUGGGGCCCCUUGUGGGACGAAGGCGAGAUUGGUGCUUAGGGGGCACCGGCGGAGGGAACUGGGGACUGUCGGUGCUGGGAGGAGAGGACAAUCCCCUAAAGAAAAAUCAGGCCCCAAGAUUUGCCAGGUUUGAGAAGGAGGGAUGCCCAGGGAAGGCACUGGCCCCUUGUUUUCUGUGCUGGGUGAUGACCUGACACUCAUGGGCAAAGGUCACUGCCGGACACCUGGAUCGGGUCUGUCAUGUCCAGAGGAAGCGGCUGUUUUGCCAUCCGCCUGCUCUUCUGCCCUCAGAGCUCGCUGACCGUGCCAGCCCGCAGGCCAUGGAGAAUGAGCUGCCAGUCCCCCAUACGUCCAGCAGUGCCAGUGUCGCCAGCAGUGCCAACAGCGGCUGCAGCAGUGGCAGCAGUGGUGGGAGUGGCCGCCCUGCCGGGCCCCAGAUUUCUGUGUACAGCAGCAUUCCUGACCGGCAGACCGUGCAGGUGAUCCAGCAGGCGCUGCACAGGCAGCCCAGCACGGCGGCUCAGUACCUGCAGCAGAUGUACGCGGCCCAGCAGCAGCACCUCAUGCUGCAGACGGCAGCGCUCCAGCAGCAGCACCUCAGCAGCGCCCAGCUCCAGAGCCUGGCGGCUGUGCAGCAGGCAAGCCUGGUGGCCAACAGACAAGGGAGCACUUCAGGCAGCAAUGUGUCUGCACAGGCCCCAGCCCAGUCAUCCUCGAUCAAUCUGGCAGCCUCCCCAGCAGCGGCCCAGCUCAUCAACCGGGCACAGAGUGUCAACUCAGCGACAGCCUCAGGCAUCGCCCAGCAGGCCGUGCUCUUGGGUAACACGUCUUCUCCGGCCCUGACUGCAAGCCAAGCGCAGAUGUAUCUAAGGGCACAGAUGGCCCAGCCAGGUAACCUGGUGCAGGUAGCUAGGAGCCUAGGCGGCACUGUUCCUUUGUCCCCUCAGCUCAUCUUCACGCCCACGGCCACCGUCGCUACUGUGCAGCCUGAGCUCGGCACUGGCUCCCCCGCCCGGCCCCCCACCCCCGCCCAGGUACAGAACUUGACCCUCCGAACACAGCAGACACCAGCUGCAGCAGCCUCGGGCCCUACCCCCACUCAGCCUGUCCUGCCCAGCUUGGCCCUGAAACCCACGCCAGGUGGUAGCCAGCCUCUGCCUACCCCGUCACAAGGCAGAAACACCGCUCAGGGUUCCCCCGCAGGUGCCAAGCCUGGCAUAAGUGACAGUGUGAUGGAGCCACUCAAGAAAGGAGAUGGUAACAACGGUGUGCCAGGGAGCAUGGAGGGCCGGGCUGGGCUCAGUCGGAUGGUGCCCGCUGUGGCUACCCACCCCCUCGUCGCACCAGCCUACGCUCAGCUGCAGCCCCACCAGCUUCUCUCGCAGCCGUCCUCCAAGCACCUGCAGCCCCAGUUUGUGCUCCAGCAGCAGCCACAGCAACCAGCGCCACAGCAGCAGCAGUCACGGCUCCAAGCCCAGCCCCAGCCCCAGCUCGCCUCGGUCCCCCCAAGCCUGGCCCCGCAGUCCAGCCCCGAAGCCCAUGCCAUGCCACUAGGCCCAGUCACACCCGCCCUGCCGCUGCAGUGCCCCACGGCCAAUCUGCACAAGCCUGGCAGCUCUCAGCAGUGUCACCCUCCCACGCCAGAAGCUGGGCCUCACAAUGGAUACCCUGAAGGCCUGGCCCACACCCCUCGCAGGCUCCAGCAUGCUUCGGCUGUCAUCUUACAACUGCAGCCCGCUUCACCAGUGCCCCAGCAGUGCACCAUGGAUGACUGGAAGGAGGUGGUACCUGGGGAGAAGAGUGUGCCUGAGACUCGCGCUGGCCCAUCACCACAUCCCCAGGCAAUCAUCACGGCCAUGCCUGCAGGCCUGCCUGCCCCCAAGAGCCCUAGUGUCCAGCAGUCCCCAGCUCACGAGACAGGGCAGGGCAUUGUUCAUGCACUGACCGACCUCAGCAGCCCCGGCAUGACCUCAGGGAACGGAAAUUCUGCCUCCAGCAUCACCGGCACUGCCCCCCAGAAUGGUGAGAAUAAACCACCACAGGCCAUUGUGAAACCCCAAAUCCUGACGCAUGUUAUCGAAGGGUUUGUGAUCCAGGAGGGGGCGGAGCCUUUCCCGGUGGGACGCUCGUCCCUGCUGGUGGGGAAUCUCAAGAAGAAGUAUGCACAGGGGUUCUUGCCUGAGAAACUUCCACAGCAGGAUCACACCACCACCACUGACUCUGAGAUGGAGGAGCCCUAUCUGCAAGAAUCCAAAGAGGAGGGUACUCCCCUCAAACUCAAGUGUGAACUCUGUGGCCGGGUGGACUUUGCCUACAAGUUCAAGCGUUCCAAGCGCUUCUGUUCCAUGGCCUGUGCAAAGAGGUACAACGUGGGGUGUACCAAACGAGUGGGGCUUUUCCACUCGGACCGGAGCAAGCUUCAGAAGGCAGGAGCCACGACCCACAACCGCCGCCGGGCCAGCAAAGCCAGUCUGCCACCACUUACCAAGGAUACCAAGAAGCAGCCAACAGGCACUGUGCCCCUCUCGGUCACGGCCGCGUUGCAGCUGACACACAGCCAGGAAGACUCCAGCCGUUGCUCGGAUAACUCAAGCUAUGAGGAGCCCCUGUCACCCAUCUCAGCCAGUUCGUCCACCUCCCGCCGGCGACAAGGCCAGCGGGACCUGGAGCUCCCUGACAUGCACAUGCGGGACCUGGUGGGCAUGGGGCACCACUUCCUACCAAGCGAGCCCACCAAAUGGAAUGUAGAAGAUGUCUACGAGUUCAUCCGCUCCCUGCCAGGCUGCCAGGAGAUAGCAGAGGAGUUCCGCGCCCAGGAGAUCGACGGGCAAGCCCUGCUGCUGCUCAAGGAGGACCAUCUGAUGAGCGCCAUGAACAUCAAGCUGGGGCCGGCCCUGAAGAUCUACGCACGCAUCAGCAUGCUCAAGGACUCGUAGGGCCGGCCGGAGAGCCAGGGGUCUGGCCCGGGCUCCUCCUCCCGACUGAGCAGAGCCAGGCGGACGUUCCUGAGGGGCCCAGAAACGGGGCCAGUCGGAGGGAAGGGCUCUCCCUGUGGGGCGUGGCUGGUAAGGAGGGCUUGGCACCCCCUCAAUGGCUCUCAGGGGCCUUUCUUUCUGUGGGAGGGGCAGAGAGGUAGGUGGCGCAGAAGAUGGGGCUUUAUGCUUGUAAAUAUUGAUAGCACUGGCUUCCUCCAAAGUCCCAAUACUCUAGCCCCGCUCUCUUCCUCUCUUUCUGUCCCCCAUUUUCCAGGGGGCAUAUGGUCAGGGCUCCCCAACCUGAGUUGGGUUACUUCCAAGGGCAGCCGUCAGGCCUGGAUAGAGGCCUCGCGAGCCCUUGCCUGCCUUCCUCCCGCUUCUUUCUCCAGGCCUGGCUAACUCUUCCGUUGCCAGCUUCUCCCCCUUCAGCCCGUUUCUGAAGCAGCCAGGGGCUCUCCCCCUUCACCCUCUGCAGGUGGAGCGAGAGAAGCUGGGCCCGGUUCGGCCACGCCCACUGGCACAGACGCCUUAACGCUGUGUGUGUGACUGGAUGACUGUGUAGGAGCCUGGACUGACAGAUGGGCCCAGAGCCACCCUCUGGCACCUCCAGGUGUUCUGUAGCAAACAGCCACUUAGUGCUUUGUCCUGGACUCCACUCAGCCUCAGGAUGGGGAAUAGAAAAGGAGGGCAGCCUCUGUGCAGAGGGUUUUCCUUUCCAGAGUGGGCACGCUGUCUCCGAAGCCCUUCCCACACUGUGAAGUCCCCCCGACUGCCCUGCUGUGCCACGAACAGCAUUAAGGGAGCUGCUGUAGGCCGGGCGGGGCCUCCUGGCCUGCCCGCCCGCCCGCCCGCCCGCCCCAGGAGCCCCUGAGUGGGGGCCCAGAGAACGUCUGAGGGCAGAGAAGAGCCAGGGUGGCGUUGCCGCGAAGAAGGCAGCCUUGGGCCUCCAGUUCCCACACUUGUUUGCCUCUGGAACUUGCUAGCAAUUUGAGCUACCUGCGGAGGAGGCAGGGCAGGAAGGGCGAGGGCCUGCCUCUGACUUGCCCUGUCCUCGGAGGCUCCUGGGGGAGGAGCGGGGCUCUCCCUGGGAACAGGGUGAGCACCUUUCUCAGCUUGUUCUAUUCCCCACACACACCCCCAGGCAGGGUUGGAAAUGAAGGACUUUUUUAACCUUUUGUUUUCAUUUUUUAAAAAUAAAUCUGUAAAAUCUG